CAAACCCAAUCUGGUAUCCACUAGGCUUUGUCGCCUACGGGCUGUGGUUUAUUAUGCAAAACUUCCCCUGCUUCGCUUAAACAAAGUGGUUGCAAAUGCAAAUUCUCCCUGAGUUAAUUACUGUCACUGUGGCUCGAAGUAGAUCAAUCGUGGCUCUAGCUACAUUUUUUCCAGACGCCUUUUCCAAGGUAGGCAAAAUGGCAUAUGUUCUGCAAACGUGGGUGUUUAGAAGUAACCCGAACGCUGCCAGCAAGUCUAUCGGCUAGAGGAGGACCACAACCAGUUCAGCAUUACACACUAUAGAUUUUAGUCAGAGAAAGCAAGGGUAGAGUUAGAGACCGUGUGCCAGUGAGUUGCGGGAAAUGUUUGCCUUCAAUUAUGUGUUUAUGACCAAAUUUCAGCCCUGCAGUAGUCGCCCACUGUUUUUUAAAAACUGACUCUAAUAUAUGCUCAUUACAUUUACGGGUUGGACGUCACAUUAAAAGACCUUUUGAAAAUUCAGGCAGGCCACUCCGUCCCCUGCAUAGGAGCUGACCAAGGGCUGAAUCGGAACGCUGGUUUCUUUCACUGCUGAGGGCACGCCUAGGCUCCUGUGAUUCUAAGAAACUAUCGACCCUUCUCGCAGACCACUGGCCAUUUAGUGCGGCUGGAAAGUCAACUGCCUCCCCGUGGCCUACUAAACCGUGCACGUUUGGCGGGUUGUAUGGACCAGUUGGCAGGAGGGACUGGAGAGAGCGGAAAGAGUACCUUUAUAAAGCAGAUGAGAAUCAUUCACGGUUCAGGCUACUCUGAGGAGGACAAGAAGGGUUUCACCAAGCUGGUCUACCAGAACAUCUUCACGUCGAUUCAGGCCAUGAUCCGAGCCAUGGACACCCUCCAGAUUCCCUACAAAUAUGAACACAAUAAGGGCAAUGCCAGUAUUGUUCGAGAAGUGGAUGUAGAGAAGGUUACAACAUUUGUAAAUCCUUAUGUAGAUGCCAUUAAGAGUUUAUGGAAUGACCCAGGAAUCCAGGAGUGCUACGAUCGAAGGAGAGAAUACCAGUUGUCAGAUUCUACCAAAUACUACCUAAAUUCACUGGAUCGUAUAGCUGACUCAUCGUACGUGCCCACGCAGCAAGAUGUGCUCAGGGUCAGAGUGCCCACAACUGGCAUCAUUGAAUACCCUUUUGACCUCCAGAGUGUCAUAUUCAGAAUGGUGGAUGUGGGUGGCCAGCGGUCAGAGAGACGAAAGUGGAUCCACUGCUUUGAGAAUGUCACCUCAAUCAUGUUCCUGGUGGCGCUGAGUGAAUAUGACCAAGUUCUGGUGGAAUCUGACAAUGAGAAUCGGAUGGAGGAAAGCAAAGCACUGUUUAGGACGAUCAUAACGUAUCCCUGGUUCCAGAAUUCUUCUGUCAUUUUGUUUUUGAACAAGAAAGACCUGUUGGAGGAGAAAAUAAUGUUUUCGCAUCUUGUGGAUUACUUCCCUGAGUAUGAUGGUCCCCAGAGGGAUGCUCAGGCAGCAAGGGAAUUCAUCCUGAAGAUGUUUGUCGACCUGAAUCCAGACAGUGACAAAAUCAUCUAUUCUCACUUCACCUGCGCAACAGACACAGAAAACAUUCGAUUCGUCUUCGCUGCUGUCAAGGACACCAUCUUGCAGCUCAAUCUGAAGGAAUACAAUCUAGUCUAAGACAAAACAAACUGGUGACAGUUCUGUUUUGUUCCUUCCUGCUCAAAAAGCACCUGCAGACCACAGCUUGACCAUACUCAUAAAUGGCAUGCAGAGAUCGUACUGGUCUGUCUUGAUUUUUUUUUUUUUGUUUUUUUUUCUUUCUUUCUUUUUUUCUUUUUUUUUCUGUUGUUUUUCUCAAGGGCAAUUUGGAGACCAAUUACCUUUUUGUCUUUGGACGAUAAUAUCAAUUAAUAGAAACUGCUCACUACUGCAUAAAUAUUUAUUUGCACCUUGGAGCUUGUUCACAGGGUCCAUCUUGAAUUGUUAUUCCAUCUUAAGGAGAAAUUAUGUUAAUGAACCUUUUAUGAUUACAAGCAGUAAAUACAUUUGGAAGAGACAUGCCUUCACCUUCCUGCUCUUUCUGAGGAAUCUCUUUUAAUUCAGUAGCGGUCUUCUCUCUGUCUGCGAUUUGAAGAAUGUAUGCAUUUGGUUUAUUACUAAGGUGAUUACAUUUGUUUUUUCACUUUGGUCAUGUUAUAUGAUUAUUUUCCGAGGGACAAGUGGUUGUUAGAUAGUAAUUAAAACCAUUGUCCACUGUAUUUAAGUACUUCAGCUGGUGAUGGCGUUUUGUUCAAAGUCUGAGGAGACUUGGCAAGUUCAGGGGGUUAUUCUAAAAGAAGUCAGAUUACCAUGCAUUUGUUGUCUUCAUGAUGAAUAACAGUAAAUUGAUAGGACUUGAGUAGAUGUUACAAGUGCCACAUUUUGCUUUUAAAUAUGCUUGUCUUAUAUAUUGCCAAAUUAAUAUUUGUACCACUAACAUUAGCUGUCCCCUUUGUUUUGAAAAUGUCGAUAUUAUUUCUUUAACACAUCACCUGUCUGUUGUCUUCUGGAUAUUUUACUUUGCUAUUUUGCUCCUGUAAAGUAGCCCUGCUUCUCAAUUAGUGUUCACUCUGCAAAUUGCUAAGUCAUUUUACUCAUCAGUAUUUCAGAACAUUAAGCUAAUUAUAGUCAUUAAAUUGUUCAUUUCAAUUGGUGCCUGGUAUCCGAGGAGCCCUAGGAGUUUCCCAUUAGGUGGAUCAAGCAUUUUGCCAUAUUGUUAUCUGCAUUUUUGGUCUCAUUUACAUCAAAUACCAAAAACCCUCAGUACAUCAUUGGAAAACUCUUGCUGACAUAGUUAUUGAUUUUGGCCAAGAGGUCAAUUUAGUGAAAUCAAGCUUUUGUCAAAAUGUACAGUCAUUGUCUAAAACAAGGCUGCCUUACAGAACUGCUUUCUAGAAAAGGGUUAGCCCCUGUUAAUUAAAUGAUUUGAUGUAAUAUGGAUAUAUACAAAGAUUGCUCAGUGUUUCACUAAGGAAAAAUACAGUGGUCUUUCCUAACACUGCUAGAGAAGGUGAAGGCAAUUAAUGCAAUCUAAGUGAUAUUUUUUUUUUUUUGAUGAGCAUCAAAUUUUCUUUUUUCUUUUUAAAUGUGCUUUCAACAGGUUUACAACCUUUUAUUGAUGAAGGGCUGCUAUUUUAGAAAGUAACAGUGGUGGAAUUAGUGCUGUGUGAUGUUUACCAUCCAAAUGUUUUGAAAAGUCCUCAUGAUUCCAAGGGCUUUUGGUGUUAAUUUGAAGUUUAAAUCAUUCCUAAGGUGACUGAUCUCAAAUUAAACUUCACUUGACUGUAAUUCUUGCCAAGCAUUCAAACUAAUCUACAAAUAUCAUUUGAGACACAGAGUCUCAAAGUUGUAUUCAACUGUAAAGUAUGAUGCUACUACAAUGUAUGACAUGCUCUUGCUUCUCUGUGUUUGAGAGCAUUCAUUAUGUCUGAAGAUCACAGAGUUGAGCUCUGAAAGAUAUCAAAAGUGCUGGCUUUGAUACAGGCUGGGGAUGGAGAACAAAUGUGCUGUUUAAUAGAAGCUCUUUGUAAUGACAUCUAUUGUUUGCUGUUUUAUUUAUUUAGUUUGUUUUUUGCAUAAUGACAUACACAUUUGCCCCAAGGCAAAAAUUAAUGAAACAUUUCCAGUGUGUAACACCAGUAUUCCCAUAUCUCGUUUUGUUUUAUUUGGUGGUCACUGGUACUGUGUGCAUAAUGCUUGUUGAUCCACACAGCAGAUAAUGGCCUCGGUUCACUAACUGAAGAAUUUUGUAGGGCUCUAGUGGAGUAACCUGAAACCAAAAGCAGUUGCACUUGAAUUGUGAGUCUGACUCAACCCCCAAUUGUACAGUACAUACUUCAUUCCUCCCAUGUUAAUGGUGAUCUGCUGGUAUGCCAUGGUCUGAGGUGCCUCAUGUUGUACUUUAAUGAAUUAGCCAUUUGAAAAUGAACUGUGCCCCCCUUUCCGCCUAAAAUGAAUGUUUAAGGUGCCAGUAGGGGGUUUGGUAAUUUAGUUGUUCAGCAAUAUGCACUCCAAGAGAAGAAAAUGAGUACAACUCUUAUCACUUCGUAAUCGUGCCAGGUCCUCUGUUGAACGGGGUGGUCUUUUUGAUUUUUUUUUUGUUUUUUUGAAUACUAAUUAGCCUUGUCAGAAGUCUGCAGUGUGUCCAAAUUCUGGAUCAAAUUCUAAAUUUCAUUCCACUUCAUGUGGAACAUUUGGAGGAAUACCCAGAUGCAGUGUAGCUGCAUUCUCCUCUCAAACAUUGCUGCCAAGUUGCUUUGUGCUGUUUUCUACUUUCCUCUGUGACUUGGAUUUUGCUCUUUUUUUGUCAUUUGAACAGUUGUCUAAAAUGCUUUCUAAUCAACUGUUAUGGAAUAAAUUAUUCCAGUUUAUAA